AUGCACGCUAGCUUUCAGUUUGCUACCAAAUCUUCCCUAUCUUCCCAAGGUGCGCCUGCAGUAGGUGUUGUGAAUAGCACACUACCAGGUGGAAAACUCCCAGCUUUGCAGAAGGACCAGUGCAAGGAAAACACUCGGCAAGGGUGCUGGCUAUCACCACUGCUGGUCCCCCACCGACUUCACAGCCGAGACGCAGUGUCCCUGGCCACUGCAAACUCCUCCACUCUUCCGAUCCUCCGGAUCCGGGGUGGGCAACAGACUCCGGAGAGGUCACCUCGGAACUCUCUAGGGGGCGGGUGCGAACGCUGCCCCCGGGGUGCGUUGCAGGCGCGGGAGCCGCUCGCACCGCUCUCGCCGUGCCCAGCUCUCCUCGUGCCCCGCAAGUCCAAGUGCCGGAGUUCCCAGGGCCCCGAUCCGCUGCCGCUGCCGGGCGGCGGGAGCGCGGCACCGGCCGAGCGGCCCCGCGGCCCACCCGGGCGGCAGCUCCUCCCCGCACAGCCCGCCUGGGCCGAGCGGGACCCACCCGCGGCUCCGCGGCUCCCCCAGCCCCGGGGCCGGCUGUGCCCCCCUCCUCCGACGCGGGCCGCUCGCUCCGCCCGGGGGGAGACAAUGGGCACGAUGACUUCACCCUCCAGCAAUGUGCGGACCAGCGGGGGACGCCGCCGACUUCCCCCUGGCCGCCGGGACACCCCCGGGCCGCGGCUCCCGGGCCCUCUCCCACCCGGGCUCGGGCCCCCGCCCAGAGGCGGCUCCGGCUCGGAGGCUCCGCUCCACCCCUCACCCGCCGCCACGCUCAGGGCGGCGGCCGCCGGCGGAGGCCCGAGCCGGGGGACGCCGCCACCGCCGGGCCCCUCGGCGCCGCCCGCCCCGCCGCGCACCCACCCCCGGUACCUGCGAGUCGGCGGGAGGAAGCGGCGCCGCUCCACCCGCCCGUGUCCGGCGCCGCGCAGGAAGCGCCUUAGUCCGUGUGUGCCUGUAUCGGAGAGUGUUUAAUCAUUCAUACUAUCUCAUGUCAUCUUGGAAUUCUCUGGAACUGGAGUUAAUCCUGUGCUUACGACUGGUGGUUCUUCCAUUAAACUGGAAACGAGUGGAUCAGAGCUUCAUCUGGUCUGUGAGUGCAUGACUCCAUCAAAGAGCUAUUAUGGCACAUACCAACAAAGGGGCUGGCUUCAGGGCUAAAAUUGCUUUGGGUCCAUAUUAUCUAUUCUUACUUUGCAAAUGAAAUGAGUCUGCUUGUAAAGUAAAUAUCCAUCACGUUCCAUGAAAUAGUUGGGAAGCAGCGAUGUCUGUCUGAAAUGAGCCCCAAUGUAACUCAGUUUCAUAUGCAGGUGUCAAUAGCUCUUUUAUGGGCUGCUUGGGAUACAUCGGAUGUAUAUCAGAUAUAAUUAUCCUCUUCUGUUAAAGUGCCACUGAAUCUGGCCCAGUUUAAAACUCAGCCCCUGCCUAGUCUACAGUGAUAAUUUUCAUCACUUCCUUUGGCCAACUUUCAUAACCUGGAGAGGUUCAAUUGCAGUUAGCUGCAAUAGUGUAAAAUUAAUUACUUUUGUAUAUUCCUGUGCUGUAAGCACUGGAUGCAGCUACUGUGCUGUAAUAUUAGAUUAAACUGUGUACAUUAUUAGCUUUAUCAAUGAUUCAUUACAAUCUUAAUGCCAACCAAAAGGACACAGAGUACCCAUUUACCAGUGCACCUCUGGCAAACACUGCAACACAUACAGGUGCUUUCUUUGGAACAGCCUUUAUCAAGGAUAUAAAGUAAUAGAAAUUUUCUGAGUUCAGUACAUGUGUUUCAAGUAUAUUACAUCUGAAAUAGGAAAAAAACCCCUACAUUUAAAUUAAGACUUAAAGCAAGAUCCUUAAGAUGAGACUCUGAACCAUGUAUUCCAGGCAGCCAGGUUUAAUACAAAAUCUGUGUGACAGCAGUCAACUGUAGACUGAGAACUAGACAGUUUGUAACACUGAUGGAUGAUUGUGCUCAUGUCAGUCUGUGGCUGGAGCCACUGAAUGCAACUGUGAAAUAAACUUGAUUAUGGAAACAGAGACUCGUAAA